CCUUGUUCAAGAGGGUUGAGUUGUUGCAAUUAGCUUGUUUCGCUAUCAGUCACUGUACCCGUCUAUGUAACACCAUGGGUUGGGCUUGAACUUCCUCCCUAGAGAUCUAUUAACAGCCCUGAGUCUGACCUGCCUUGGAUAGUGACAGUCCUGGCAAGUUUUUCCUGCAAAGUUUUAAAAGAAAAAGAGUAGAAGGGGAAAUACGGAUAGCCUCGUAUAGAUAAUGUAAUUUAUUAAAUAGCAUUUAAAUAGAAAUAUCAAAAGGUGAUGGCUGAGUGAGGUAUUUUUCUGAGAGGGAGACUGUAACCUGUAGAGUCAUGCUUGCAUUUUACAGUUUUUGCAGUCCCUGGAUGUGGUUAGUUGACCUGAUAUUUUCCUCUGAGAAAUAAGGAAGAGAUGGAGUGCAGAACUAAAUUCACAUCUCUGAGAAACCUCAUACACAGAGCAAAUCAGAACUUCCCCUGGGUAAGAGCAUCCAGCUACCAGACACUUGGAUUUGUAAUAGAAGUGGGAUGUUUUGGUGCAGCUGACAGGUGUUUCAGGACCAAGCUCUUUGGAUGGGUUGUAGUGUUGAUAUGUGUAUUGCUGUAUUUAAUUCCUACCGUGUAUCAGACACUGCAUUGUAUAUGAAAAGAUGAAAGGCCUCCUCAGUAAUUUCAAUGGGACUUAGAUUUUCUGUGUUUUAAUUGUUUUUUGCUGUGUUCUGCCGUGAUAAGGUUCAGUAGUCAGGUGUGAUCUGGUUCCUGGAGCCAUGACUGUUGUGUGUCUCAUAGUUCUUAGUUUAGAGCCAUUUGCAGAAGUUAAUUUUCAGUUGCCUGUGAUUCUGGACACCUUAAGCUCAGUCCAAAUGUCAUCUGUUGUGCUUAGAGCAGGUUACGGUGUUAUUUCAGGUUUGCAAUGCUGGAACCUCCACUGGGAAGCACAGAGGAAAUCCCUGUCAGAGGAGGACAGUGAGCAGAUACUAGGAGAGAUGAGAUGUAUGUGUACAUGAGUAAUGUGAGUCUCUCUUCAGUUUCAGAUGCCUCUGGAUGUUCAAUGAUAGCAUUCCUCCAUACUGGAGCAGCAAAGUUUUCCCAAAACUUACUUUCAAGGGCAAGACAAGCUGUGUCCCCCCUCCUGGCUGGUGUUCUCAAAGGGUACAGCUCCAUCGUAAGCAGGAAACUGGCGUCCCACGGCUUUGGAGCUUCCAUGGCAGCAAUGUCAUCCUUCCCUCCACAGAGAUAUCACUACUUCUUAGUGCUGGAUUUUGAGGCUACGUGUGAUAAACCACAGAUUCAUCCUCAGGAAAUCAUCGAAUUCCCUAUCCUGAAGCUGAAUGGCAGGACGAUGGAGAUCGAAUCCACCUUUCACAUGUAUGUUCAGCCUGUGGUGCAUCCCCAGCUUACGCCCUUCUGUACAGAGCUGACUGGGAUUAUUCAAGGCAUGGUGGAUGGCCAGCCAAGCCUCCAGCAAGUGCUUGAAAGGGUUGACGAGUGGAUGGCAAAGGAAGGCCUCUUAGAUCCCAGCGUCAAGUCGAUUUUUGUGACCUGCGGAGACUGGGAUUUGAAAGUGAUGUUACCAGGACAAUGCCAGUACUUAGGGCUGCCGGUUGCUGAUUACUUCAAACAGUGGAUUAAUCUGAAAAAGGCGUACAGCUUUGCCAUGGGGAGUUGGCCAAAGAACGGGCUCUUAGACAUGAACAAAGGACUGAACCUACAGCACAUAGGGAGGCCUCACAGCGGGAUAGAUGACUGUAAGAACAUCGCCAACAUCAUGAAGACACUGGCCCAUAGAGGCUUCAUCUUCAAGCAGACCUCCAAACCCUUUUGAUCCCCAAGGCAAGCCAGGCAAGGGCUGCAUGCGCCCGGCGCCGGCGAGGCGGGGAGGACGGGCUCCAGCAUUAAAAAAAAAACGGCAACCGAGGCCAGAGGAACCGACACAAAAAAAAUCUCAAUUUCAGCUGUUAACUCCAGUAGAGGUUGUAUAUAUGGGAAGGCAAAUCUGUGUAGACCUGAUGUGACUCCCUCUCUGGGCUGCUCCGGACAUUAUGCCAUGCUAGCGGACAGCCGCGUAGGGCGCUUGCACCACAUUUUAGACUCGUAGUUUGUUCUUUUUCUUUGGCUCCUGAUUUCCGUCCCUCCCUCCAUAUCCCACCCCGUCCUCCCUCUCCCGCCCCGUAGCCAGAGCAUCCCCCAUCUCCACCCCGGCAUGGGCCGUACCCACCUUUCCUUCUUCUUUCUCUUCUCUGGUUUUAUGUUUUCAGGCCUCGAUGGCUGCUGCAGCAAGGCCGGUGUGUGCCUGCACUCGGGCAGCGCUCACGGAGGCUCAGCGUGUCGAGACGGCCCCUCGCCCUCUCCGCCAGCCCCCCCCGCCUCUCCCCUGAGCGCCUUUUCCCCUUUUUGAGUCAACACUAACCCCUCUCUGACUCCUGUAUGUGACAAACGCGAUCCGUCUCUUUAUGUUCAAGGUGAAGUGCCUGUAUUCUCCGCUGCAGAGCCCCUGGCAGCCCCACCGCGGGCUGCGGGGCCCCAGAGGGCUCCCUUCAGUGGGGCGGGGGCCCGGCGGGCGGGCGGGCGGGCGGCAGGAGGGAGGUGACAGUGUCCGCAUGGAGCCCCGUCCAGCCCCCGUUCCGUCUGCUCGUGCCUCUUGCGGGGCUGGGUGGGAUGCCCAGCCCUGCCCCGUCCCCGCCCAUCCGUUCCAGCUCCAUCGGGGACAGGCGCCCAGCACCGCGUCCGUUGCCGGCGGUGGACGUGCCCGCGCGCGCUGGCCCCGGCCCGGGGCACCCGAGCGGGGCAGCUGCAAAUCCGCAAAUCCGCAAAUCGCCCCCGACCUCCCUCGGUUCCCGAGCUGAGGCUCGGCCCCCCACGUGCCCACGUGCUGUGCCCCUCACAGGUCCCUGCGGACGCUCAGCAGCAGCUGGCUUGUUGCCUGAGAGAGUUGCCGAGCACAUCCCCUCCGGCUGGGUGGGCUCCCGGCCGGCCGGCGCGGUUGGGGGGCAGCCAUGGGGCGGGCUGAGGGCGCACGUCCCCUCGGAGUCACCCAGCCCCGGGGCCCUGCUGAAUGGAGCCCUCGUCCGGGCGCUGACCUGCAGGGAGGCUGCAGCCCCGGGCCCGUGCGUGCAUGGCCUGGAGCGAAGCCGGUGACGGCAGCCAGAAGGGCAAUACAGGCACUGAACUUGGCGGUACAUGACUGCAUGGUGUGUGGUGUUCCAGUUAAACCAACCGAUAAUGCAACCCCAGCAUUUUCAUUGUCUAGUUAUUCCAAUCCUUGCUGUAAAUGUGCCACAUGAAUAAAGUUUGGGGGUAAAGGA